GUUGCAUUGGCGGGAUUUCCGGAUGACAGUCACAUCGCGUGAUAAUGAGUAGUGUACAGAUGAAGAACGUGGACAAGGUACUGGAAGUGUCAUCCACUCCAAUACACUCUAGAGGAUGUAAUUCUGGCUAUGAGGAGCAAACGAAGGAUUCGCGUCUCAUAUUAUCAUCAGCUAAGAAAAGAUUGUCUAGUAAAUCAAACUCAGAAACCGGAAGCUUCGACUCAGCAUCAUAUACUGGAUCUAGUUCAGAUGAUGAUGAUGAAGAAAGUCAACAACGUGAAAAUCCAAAGGAACGUUAUUUGAAACCUGGACUUAGAGCUGUAAACUCUAGAGGAUUUAAUGAUUUCUGUGUUCAAAAAAUCCGUCAAGCUUCUUUUGGACGUAGAGAAAUUGAAAUAGCUGAACAAGAAAUGCCUGGUUUGAUGGCAUUAAGAAAGCGUGCUAAAACUGAUCAGCCAUUAAAAGGAGCCAAAAUUCUCGGUUGUACACACGUGACCGCGCAUACAGCUGUACUACUUGAAACAAUGGUAUGUCUUGGCGCUCAAGUUCGAUGGUGUGCUUGUAACAUAUAUUCAACACAGAAUGAAGUGGCAGCAGCGUUAGCUGAGUCCGGUGUUCCUAUUUAUGCAUGGAAAGGCGAAACUGAAGAGGAUUUCUGGUGGUGUAUUAAUCGUUGUAUAUCUGCUGAAGGUUGGAUACCCAAUGUAGUUUUGGAUGAUGGUGGGGACUUAACUCAUCAGCUGCAUAAAAAUUACAAGGAACUACUGUCUGGUAUAUGUGGAAUAGUUGAAGAAAGUGUGACAGGUGUUCAUCGUCUUUAUCAGUACGUGAAAUCUGGCACAUUGGGAGUGCCGGCUAUGAAUAUUAGCGACAGUAUAACAAAGUCAAAGUUCGAUAAUUUCUAUUUGUGCAAAGAAUCAAUUGUUGAUUCUCUUAAACGAACUACAGAUAUGAUGAUCAGUGGUAAGACUGUAUUGGUAUGCGGUUAUGGUGAAGUUGGGAAAGGUGUUUGUCAAGCGUUAAGAGGAUUAGGAGCUUUCGUUUGUAUUUCGGAAAUAGAUCCAAUCUGUGCACUUCAAGCUUGCAUGGAUGGUUAUCGUGUUGUAAAAAUCGACGAAGUUAUACGUUCAGUGGAUAUUGUGGUUACUUGCACCGGGAAUAAAGGUGUCAUUACUCGGGCCCAUAUGGAUCAAAUGAAAAAUGGUUGUGUCGUAUGCAAUAUGGGUCAUUCUAACACAGAAAUCGAUGUUCGAUCUCUUCAAACACCUGAUUUAACAUGGGAGCGUGUUCGAUCACAAGUGGAUCAUGUUAUUUGGAUGGAUGGUAAACGUAUUGUUCUUAUAGCUGAGGGUCGUUUGGCGAAUUUAAGCUGUUCAACUGUUCCAUCGAUUGUUGUCUCUGUUAGCGCCAGUACUCAAAUAUUAGCUUUGAUUGAAUUGUACAAUGCUCCUUCUGGUCGUUAUAAAAAUGAUGUGUAUUUAUUACCGAAAAAAAUGGGUAUUCUUCUUAUUGUCAAGUUUAAAUUAAAUUCUUAUUACAAAUUCUCUUUUCGAGAUCAUUUUUUAGGACAAAAGAAUCACUAGGCGUGGCCAAAUUUUCUUCUCUGCUAACCUUUUCGUGUUUUUUUCAUUCACUCUACAAGAUCAUCUCUUUGUUUUGUUUUCUCGGAUAAAUAAGAGUUGCUUUUUGUUGUAUAGGUUAACGUUUAUUCAUUAUUCCACUGUGUUAUUUAUUGAAAGGAGAAAAUGUGGAUAUAAAUCAGAAAGUCAUAAUAUAUAAUUUAGUAUUAAUUUUAGUUUGUCCUACUUCCUUGUUCCAUUUUUAUUUCACUUCACAAAGUUAUUAGGUUUUUGUUAUAUAAAUCCUAAAUGUUUCUCCAUUACUGGUGUACAAAGAUAUUUUAGGUUAAUUUUAUUAUUUUUUUGAUUGGAUAAAUUGUGUUGCUUUCUGAAUUCUUCACUGUGUUUGGCAAGCUUUAUUACAUGUCUUAAUCAACUCCGUCUACGAUGAUUCACCACACCUCAUCAACCGAUUUGUCAUGUUCACCUUAUAUUUACCUUAUACUUAACAUCAUCAUGGCUCAUUCUAUGAUCGCAACAUAUGAAAUAUUUUGAUCAAAUAGAAUGUAAUUAUUAAACCAACGACUGAGAUCAUUUGGUGGGAUUAACAAUAUAUCAUCUGAAAGGCUUGAAUAUAUGUUUUCUAUGUAUGAUAUUCAAUUCGCUUUUAACAUGCUUCACUAACAAUAGUAGACAAAAUUUUAUCAUGAUGGGUUCACCCAUCUAAACUCUAGUUUGUUUAAAACAUAUAAACAAAUAUAACCAGUUGUUUUUAUUCAUUGAAAGGAAAUAAAUAACAUGAACGAAGUUAAUUUAUCACAAGAUUCGUGAUUUUCUGAAAUGAAUCGGUUGAUGUAAUCGAACGUGAAAAAUGACUUUUGAUAUUUUUAUAUUUUAUCGUAUUAUCAUAAACGUGUGCUUUUUUGACCAAAUGACAUAAAUAACUUUGUGGAAGUCUGCACCAAGACUUUCAUUUCCAAUUGAAACUUAACCAUAUUUCAUCGAUUGCUUAGUAUUAACUCAAAAUUUCGGUUUUGUAUACAGUAACGAGGUUGUUGUUUUACUGCAAUUGGUAUUGUUGUAUUUUCUGAGCUAGAUGAUUUAGUUUACAGUGAUCUUAUUGUCGUUCUAGUCGAUAUUAUCAGUGCUUAGUUCAUAUAGAAGUGUAGACUGUUAUAAGAGUGUAUUAUUCUUCAUUGUUUUUUUGUGUUUUUUCUGUAAAUAUUGUCGUUAUUCUAAAAUAUCACGUUCCGAAAGUUCAUAGUUGUUAAUGUAGAUUGUAUUAAUUUAACCAUUUUUUUGUUAAUACUAUAGAUGAAUAUGUGGCAACAUUGCAUCUUCCAUUAUUCAAUGGUCGAAUAACUGAACUCACUGAUGAACAAGCUCGAUAUUUAGGUGUAAAUAAAACAGGACCAUUUAAACCGAGUAACUACAAAUACUAAACUUGUUCUCAUUCUUCGUUUCUCCUCAUGCACUGACUGCUGUUACAUUUAUUGGAAAAUGUCUUCCUGUUCAGCAUGUAUACGUUGUAUCCAUUUGAUUUUCGUAGAAAGUAUGGUAGAAUAUUACAUCUAAUGUACUCUAAAUAAAUAUGUUGAAGUAUGAAUUUCUCAUUCUCAUAACUUUCAAUUACAUUCCAAUAACUAUUGUGUAAAAGAGUUGCUUUGUAUUAAUCUAGUAUAUUUUCAUGUUUCACCAUUAAUUUAACGUAUGUCUUUCCUUGUUAAUCUUCUUUGUAGAUUUAGCGUUAAAAAAGAUCAUUUUUUAUUUUGAUUACAUAUAUUAGUUUGAUUCACCCUCACGGUAAUUCUAUUAUAUGCCUCAUAAAUACACUGAUAUAUUAAUGUUAUCGAAAUGCUAAUUAGCCUAGGGUUGUCUUCAAGUAUCACUCUGUGGUGACGCUGUUAUUUUUCCUCAUACUGAUUUCUGUGUCAUUAUGGCGUCCUGUAUCUUUGUUAAUGAAUCCUGUUGAAUCUAUCGGAAUAUUACGUAAUUAGUCGUGUUUUAACUAGUUUCUCUUAAUCAGACAAGCAUUAAUAAUUCAUUCAUUAUAAUUCUAAUUGAUUUGUCUUUACCAUGUAUUAUUUUUGUAUUCUUUUUCGUGAUUUCACCUCUUGCAAUUCUAUUUAACCAUUUACUUUCCUCAUUCAUAACAUACAGCGUUCUGUUUGACCUUGUGUAGAAUACAGAUAGUUAUUUAUAGUCUGUAUGUAUCGUCUAUAUGAUACUUGCACUGUUUUUUUUUAUAUUGAAUAUGAUAUGAUUCUACGCACAUUCGCAUCAAUUUUAUAAUGGCUGUGGUAAGGACUAGAUCUUUUUUGCUUGUAUCCACGUAUUCUUUAGACAUGUUACAAUAAAUAAUUCGACAUUCAGUAGUUUGCAGUGUAGAUUACUUUAUCUGAUAUUCAAAUGUUACUUACUUUAUGAACGGUUAUUUUGGAUAGGCUUUUGCGAAUCAAUGUUGAAUAUGUUUGACGAUCUACUGAUGUGUCCAUUAUACGUAACACUAAUGAGAGUUUGAUGAAAAGCCUGUGAUAGAACUC